AUGGCGGACUCUCUUACCGAAGAGCAGGUCUCUGAGUUUAAGGAGGCCUUCUCCCUUUUCGACAAGGAUGGUGAUGGACAAAUCACAACCAAGGAGCUGGGCACCGUUAUGCGCUCUCUCGGCCAGAACCCUUCCGAGUCCGAGCUGCAGGACAUGAUUAACGAGGUGGACGCCGACAACAAUGGCACCAUUGACUUCCCCGAGUUCCUCACAAUGAUGGCGAGGAAGAUGAAGGACACCGACUCGGAGGAGGAGAUCCGUGAGGCGUUCAAGGUCUUCGACCGCGACAACAACGGCUUCAUCUCAGCGGCCGAGCUGCGCCACGUUAUGACCUCGAUCGGUGAGAAGCUCACUGAUGACGAGGUCGACGAGAUGAUCCGCGAAGCCGAUCAGGAUGGCGACGGACGUAUUGACUACAACGAGUUCGUGCAGCUCAUGAUGCAGAAGUAA